CACAUCGGUCUCUCGUGCCCGUGUUGGUCAGUCACCGCACCACCAUGGGACGAACGUUGCCAUCCGUCGACAGCACCUGUCCGGUCGCAUCGGGGAAGUAGAAAGUGCCUGGCGACGUCCGGCCUGAGCGAGACAAACAAAAACACGGCAAGGCAUCCCUCCCUUGUCGUCUGUCUGAUUGUGCGAGUGUUUAACUCACUGACUGACUUUUGCGUUUCUUUCUCUCCAGCAGCAUGAGAAUGGCCUGAAAUGCGUUCUCGUGCCGCCAGGAGGGACACGCAGACGAUAUCACCGCCUGGUGGAGGCGAACACGGACGGGCAAUUGCGGAGUGAGACACACGCAUAUCGAUUCGAUGGAUUGUGCGGUCUGUCGAGUGCUGACCUCAUCAGGGCUGAGGGUGAGGGGCCCAGGAGGAUAGACGUACCAGCAACGAUGAGACACCACCUGCAGGACAGAAAUUGGUGGUGAGUGCUGUCAGACCGGCUCGAUGUGUGUCUGCCCGUGCCUGUCUCUCUGUGUGUGUGCUUGUGCAUUUCCGCCAGCCUACCUCAAUGUGGUAUCGGCGAACGACAUCCAGCGGCAACUGACUCAGGUAGGACCUGGUGGGAGGAUGCAACAGAUCCUCUUCAUGCAGUGAGAGCCCCCUUUGCGCGCACCGACCACAAGUGUGUGUUGAUGCGUUUGGCAGGCCACUUGAUGACAAACUUGGUCACAUCGAACAGCUCCUCAAAGGGCAACUCCCACCUGCACACACAGAGAGCCACAGGCAGCACACGAAGGCUGACAAAUGAGUACACACACUCCAGUUGUGUACUUGUCAGAGAGCAGCACUGGGACGCACCCAGCGAAGAGCGCCUCGAAGAAGCGAAGCGACCACCCACUCUUGCCUGCGUGACACGAUAUGCGCGCAUCCGUUGACGGAUGCAUCAAUGCAGUCAAUGCCAUCCCGCCCAUUUGCCUGCCUCUCCAGCCAUUUCACCUCUUGGGACGAAGCAGAAGCGUGAAUCCCCCAUUGCACGGUAAUGCUCCGCCUUCAAGCAGGUUGGAACCAGACACACACAGAGAGAGGGAGAGGGAGAGGGAGACCAUUAUGUCUGUCUGUCUGACAUGCGCUGAUACUUACAACUGGGGCCUGUGUGUCAUCAAUUCGCAGGCCGGUGAGGUUCUGCCGACCCAGCUCCACCAGCAGCUGCCGGCUGUCAAUCCCGUCACCCUACACAGGCACACGCACAGACACACACGCACACACACACACGCACACAGAGGCACACUUGUGCGCAAGCUGAGGUACCUGCACACCGAGCAUACCUGUUUGUGUGGCCCUCGCGAAGGGUCCACCCUCCCCAUAAACACACCCAACGUCGUCCGCUUUUCGACGGGCUUCGACGCCCCAACAAGACUCAAUACCUCAGACCACGGCAGAUGACCUGAUAUCUCGGUCGAUCAUACAUAUGGCAAGAAGGGCACAACCGUCUCGCAAACCGUCUUGUUUGUUUCUCCCUUCUCCCUCCCCGGCUGUGCCGUGCCUGGUAUGACGAUGUCCUGCCACACGCCGUAGUGUGGCUGGGUCUGGAAGGGCAUGUCGUUGAAGAGCUCUGUCUCGGGUGUGAGCUUGAUGGCCUCGGGCAUGCACUGCCGCCACGUGGGGAAGACCCCAGCAGACAGACCAGAUGAGAAGGAGAAGACGUGAUCGCGGCCAUCUGAUCAUGGGUUGGGGGCAGAGAGAGAAAGGGUGAGUUGUGAGGUGUUCUUGUUGUCGCUUCUUCUUAUGCCUACUUGUCUGAUUGAAAUAUGGCAGCUUCAGUAUCAGCUGCCGGUAGAUCCCAUCCAGUUGCGAUACCCUGCAAGUUUGAGAGAGAAACCAACAAACACAUGGCGUGACACUACUUUCCCCCACCUCCCAUCUCCCGCCCACCUAAACACAUUGCCCUCGAACAAACAGAUUCCGAACGCGGGCACAAAGAAGAAAUCCGCCUUAGCGGGGUCAUCCGUCCGGACGUGGCUGAUCCUCAGUAGCUCGGCCAGCAGCACAUCCGCCCCCCACUGCCCCCUGGAACAGUACGAAUGGCCGCCGGUAAGCUGCAAAAGCUCGUCAACCUCUCGACCGUACACGUAGACGCGUAGAUGGGGCUCAGAAGGAGCACCAAGUGGUAAGGAUGGCUGCGACGCACGAUUGCCUGACAUAUCUUCCUCUGCGGCUGGACACCGGCCGGCAGUGAUCGCAUCAAAGGGCCCUUGUCGUGGGCACAUUGAGUGCAUCACGGGAGCCGUAUCGUUGUCUGAAGGCUGGAGCGUGGAAUGCGACAGCGACGGCCCAUCCCAAUAGAUGGCGUCAAGGAGGCUGAGCCGCAGUGCCGUCACGUUGGCAUCCGACGCGGCCCUUCCCCAUGCAGACUUGUCCAGCAGCACUAAAAACCACAAGACGCGAACACACACACACAAGAAGAUCCAUAAUCGUGCCACAUGAGCAUAUCCCGCCUCCCUCUCACUCACCGGGCUGGAAGUGUCCGGCGAAAUAGUCCAGCAGCUGGAAGUAGACCACCGCCCUCGCCAGCCUUCCCGCCACCUCCAAGGCAUACCGGGCCACAAAAUACAGCAGCGCCACCAGGCCCAGCAGGCACUCGCUCCCCGCCUGGUCCAGGAACUGCCAUCUCUGCUCUGAUACUGAUGGAUCCUCACUGCCGAAUUCGACAAAGUUGUGGUAGAUGGUGAAGGAGAGCGCCAUGAGGUGGGCGGGCUGGUGGCCUGGGUUGAGCAUGGCAUGGAAGUAGGUGGCCCAGGGGAUGAGAGGGGAAGAGGAGGGGUCACGGCAGUCAGGAUCUGUCCAAACUCGGUGGGAAUCACCCAUGUCAGAAGAGGUUAGCGCGGAUCAGCCAGACAGGCCUGACAUAAACACAUCAGCCGUCACCUUCCAAGAAGGGUUUCCUUGGUUCUUUGCUGCAUUCUCA